CUGAUCCAUUAUUUAGGACAUGGAUUUUCAAUUUGCAAAACGUGAGGAUUAGUCUAGAUGAAUUCCACAUUUCCUUUCAGCUGUGAAGCUCCUCUUGAACUAAUUGAUGUGUUUGCUCAGGGUCGGUUGGGAAAAGCUAUUCUGUCUCUUCCCAUAUGCUAAGUGAAGACGGGAUUAAGAAAGCAGAACGAUUUGGCCCCAUGGGGUGCCCUGCCUCCUGGACAGGAAACAGAAAGGUUUUGUACAGUCCCUGCCGGGUUCAGGUUCUGCUGGCUCAGAAGGCUAAGGUGACAGGGUUGCUGUACCACCACAGCCUGGACCUGCUGAAGAGCCCUUUCCUUCCUGGGGCCCCACUCAAGGCUGGCAGUAUUUGCAUCACCUGGUACAGAGACUGGAGCAGUGUCCCCAGGUGUGGAGUGUGCUGCCGUCAGAGCCUGAAUGCACUGAGCUCCCUACUUCAGGGUAGAAGGAUAAAGAAAGAGAGGAGUUCUGCUUUCCAAUGUCUUACAUCACCCAGACAAUUGGCAGCCAGGAGUCAGGCAGCUGCCACACUCUUCAGAUGUCUAUUUAAAGUUCAAAGAGAUGCUGGAUAACAAUAACAAAGAGGUAAGCGUGGCCCUGACCAGCCCACCCCACAACA